GUUGAUGGUUCUUUCCCAAACAGUUCAACUCUAUCACGUGUGCUAGAUGCUUCUGUGCUAGAAAGUAAACUAAGACUUGGGGGGAUGGGUGUGUGUGUGGGUUCUCACCUGGCACGGUGGUGAAGUGCUACCUCUGAGGAGGAGGUGCUAUGGGUGGGAGGAGCUUGGAAGGACCCUAACCUUGAACCGCACAGCCUGCCCACCCCACCCUCGCCCCCACCACCUGCUCCCGCAGAGCAGCCGCGAUGCUCCAUCUGCCAUACAACAUACAAUCCCCCCUGGGCUCGGCCUACUCUGGCGUGAAGGACUCCUCCGGCCUCACUGCUCUCUCUCUCUCCAGCCAAGCUCUGCCCUCCCGGCAGCCUGCGGGGCCCGUGGGUCCCCUCCACGCCCAGCCCCUGUUGGAAACGCCUUCCUAACCCUUGUGUUCCUGCGGCUGACCAGUGCUCAGAAACUCAGCUCAAACCCACCUGUCCCCGCUCCAGGAUGAGCUCCCUGGGUACCCGCACACCUCCAGCCGAUCAUUGACCGUGUUACCUUGAAAUGCUCAGCUAAGACGACUCGAUUUCUUGAGCUACAUCUUGGGGAGGGGCUGGGAACAAGCAACGCUGUGUCCUAGUAGCCCGUGCCCCCUAGCGCCUAGCACAGCUCCUAGCUGGCGCUGGGAUCAGGAAUGAUCUCCGAACUAACCUGGAGCCUGCGCUCCCACGGUUUGAAGCCACAAAACAAAUGGUUUCACACUGCUCCAACAGACUGAGCCUGCCUUUCCUCUUUAAGUGCAGAAAGCCUUGUCUGGGUUUCAGUGUCACAGAAUCAAAGUCUGUAAGGAAAAGAGACUAUCUGAGGGCAUAGUCGGUGGCCAGUCUGACACAACGCUCUGGUUUCACAGAGGAGCAAUAUGAUCCAGAGAUGGGGGUGACUUUCUCACAUCCCACAGGGAGGGGACCAGAGCUGGGGCCAGAUUUGAGUGUUCUUGAUCCUAUUUUGGCAGUCUCCUUCUCUGCCCCGUGCCCAGGUCCUGGAGAGGAAUGGUGGUAGGGGCAAGAACAAAGAUAUGGACAGGGCUGAGCAAUCAUUAGCAGCUGAUGGGCAUCCAUGAGAGCCCCACCCCCCCCUCCCCCGCUUGCCCCCCUGGACCACAGUGGCUCUGGCCCGCAUCCUUUUUGUCCAGCCGUUGGACCUGCCUCCCCAUCAGUUGGUCUUUACUCAUGUUUGUUGGACAAUCUCAAAGUGCCUGAUGACUUUUUUCGAAGAGAAAUUCAACUUGGGAGGCAGCUGGGGUGGGGGCGGGGCCCAAGAGGGAAGGCAAAGGGGAUGUAGUGGGAGUCAGGGUAAGCAGCUCCCAUGGCAGCAGCCCAAAGCAGGAGGUCGAUCCAAUCUUCUUGGAGCCCACGCUGAAUAGAACAAGGAGACAACUGACCGGAUAAAUCAGGGAAAGUUUUUUCUCUUCCUUGUAUUACAGACAAUAAGAGAAUUUAACGACAGUCCUCAAGGGUUAUGAAAAAGAACACGAUGAUUGCCUCUUUUUUCCUUUUUUCUUGAAAUAGGAAAGGAUUGAAGUGUCUGUUGCAGCAGGAGGGAGCUGGGCCAGGUUCAGGAAGCCUCAGGACACCGCCAGCACCUGCAUCAUCUCACCAGGAUGAACUCACUGGUUUCUUGGCAGCUAAUGCUUCUCCUCUGUGCCACUUCCUUCAGGGAGACAUUAGAAAAGGUGGCACCCAUGGAGACUCCAGGACCUGCAGGCCAGCGGCUCGGACCCCAGGCCCUCCCGGCCCCGGCCCCGGCCAGGCCCAGGCCCCGGGCUCCGCUCCCACGGGGAGCCCACGGGGGACCUCGCUGUGCCCGCCUCCCGGGAACCCCGCAGGGCCCCAGCACCCAGGCCUGCGCGCCCCCCAGCGCUGCGAUGCCCGCCCCCCGGGGCGCGGUGCCAGGGCGGGGGGACCUGCCCACCUACAACUGGAACGUCUUCGGCCUGCGCUACGGCAGGCGGCGGGCCACGACCCCGGGGCUGCGCGGGUGA